AUGGCUACCCAGAUUGAUGUCGAGCGUGUCUCGCACGAAAAGUCUGGCAUCAUGCACAGCGAGCACCAAAGGGGCGGUCUCUCGGAGGGAGACUUUGACUUCCUUAGGACGUUCCCGGAAGAUCGCAAGAAGGCCAUCAUCCGCAAACUGAGAUUGGUCCCAAUGCUGGUGCUGUUGUAUCUGAUCGCGUACUUGGAUAAGACCAACAUUGGAAAUGCCAAAAUCGAGGGAAUGACUGAGGAUUUGGAGUUGAAGGGCAUCCAAUACAACAUUGUCGUGGCCAUCUUCUUUAUUCCUUUCGUCCUGUGUGAGGUCCCCUCCAACAUGCUCCUUCACAAGUUUAAGCGACCCUCCUGGUACAUAGGAGGAAUUGUCUUUGCUUGGGGUACCAUCAUGACCUUGACCGGAAUCGUUCAGAACUACGGUGGUCUUCUGGCUAUUCGCUUCUUGCUUGGUAUCUUUGAAGCAGGUUUUCUCCCCGGCGCGAUCCUUAUCAUCUCCAACUGGUAUCUUCCCAACGAGACACAAGUCCGAAUCGCGAUCCUCUACACAUCGGCUGCUACAGGUGGAGCCUUUUCUGGCCUUCUUGCAUUCGCCAUCGCCAAGAUGGACGGCGUGGCAGGUCUCGAGGGCUGGCGAUGGAUCUUCAUCAUCGAAGGUCUGUUCACAGUUAUUGUCGCUAUCAUGUGCGUCUUCCUCCUCUGCGACUCGCCUGCCCUGUCUACACGAUGGCUCGACGCCGACGAGAUCCGAUACCUCGAACUUCGCCAGCUUAGCCGCCGUGCCACCAUGCCAGGAGACUACAAGGAUAACCACAGCCAUUUCAACUGGGCAAUCUUCAAAGAUAUUCUCUUUGACUAUAAGAUCUGGCUCCUUUUCUUCGCCAACUGGUCCAACGCUGUACCCAACUACGCCAUGAAGUUCACCAUGCCCAGCAUUCUGAAGGGAAUGGGCUAUACUUCUUCCCACGCACAGCUGAUGACGAUUCCUCCGUAUGCUGUGGGCGCCAUCUCGGCCUACGUGUUUGCAAUCUUUGCCGACAAGUAUUCCUGGCGAUAUCCCUUCAUCCUCGGCCCCCAGUGCUGUCUCGUCACCGCCUUCAUCAUUCUCUUUGCCAAGUCUGGGGACGUCGAAAAUAGCAUUGCUGCUUGCUACUUUGCUGUUUGCUUGGCAUGCUUUGGCAUGUAUCCUAUUCUCCCUGGCGUCAAUGCCUGGAAUGUCGCCAACACUCCUGAUCCGGCGAAGCGAUCAGUCAACAUUGGUCUUCUUGUCUGUGUUGGAAACAUUGGUGGCCUGAUUGGAUCAUACAUCUACCUCGAUCGAGAGGCUCCGCGAUACCCAACUGGAUAUGGCACAUCCCUUGCUUUUGGACUUGCUGGCAUCAUCGCGGCGACAUUGUUGGAGUUCCUACUCAAGCGAGACAAUUCCAGGAAGGCUCAGAUGUCUGAGGACGAGAUCCGAGAGCGAUACACUGAUGAAGAGUUGAUGCAGAUGGGAGAGAAGAGUCCCCUCUUCAAAUGGGCUCUGUAA